UUGUCUCGAAGUAUUUUUUUCUCUCAUUAUAUAUAUUAUAGUCUUGCACUUUUGUCUUUAAGUAUUUCUUCUCUCAUUAUAUUAUAUAUAUAUAUAUUGAGAACUCUAUUUUUCAUUUUGUCCAAAUUAUAUUAUAUAGUUUAGUGAGCAAAAAAGAAAUGGGGAGAGCACCAUGUUGUGCUAAAGAGGGACUUCGUAAAGGUCCAUGGUCUACUAAAGAAGACUUAUUGCUUACUAAUUAUAUUAAGGAAAAUGGUGAAGGCCAAUGGAGAAACUUGCCUAACAAAGCUGGGUUACUUAGAUGUGGAAAGAGUUGUAGACUAAGAUGGAUGAAUUAUUUAAGGCCAGGAAUCAAGAGAGGAAAUUUUAGCCAAGACGAAGAUGAUCUUAUAAUAAGGCUCCAUUCGCUUUUGGGCAAUCGUUGGUCACUUAUAUCUGGUCGAUUACCAGGUCGAACCGACAAUGAAAUCAAGAAUUACUGGAACACACAUCUCAUCAAAAAGCUCAAAAUUGCUGGAAUUCACCCCAAAGUCCACAAGAUUUUCAACAAAAAAGAGCCCAAGAAAAAGCCCAAAAGUGAUAAACCAAGAAAGAAACAAGACAAAAAAAAGAAAAAUAACAAGAAAAAAGACCAAUCUUUAGUAAAUAAUAAUAAUAAUAAUGACACCCCUCAAGUUGUAUUUGUCCCAAAACCAAUUAGACUUAUGAGGAAUUAUAGUGUUGAAAUGUUGUCGCGCCCUUAUCAGAUCCUCAAAUUCAACAUGCAUGCAUCGGCAUUAUUGAAGAGUCAGAAUAACGCAGCUUCAUCAUCAGAUAAUUCUGAAGAAUUAGCUGAAAAUAACAAGAAGAAUAUUAAUAUUAUUACUAAAGAUGAUGAGAAUUUUUUAUUUGAUGAAUUUUGUGAUUUUUCAAAUGAAAGCAUGGUGGACAAGGUAUAUGAAGAGUAUCUUCAACUUAUUUCUGAGAAAUGUUAUGAUCCAAUGUUAAUGUAAACUAUAGUAUAAUCAGUCCAAGUAUUUACUGUUCAAUUUUUUUGCUUCUAUUUUUGAGUUCAUUGUAAAAAUAUAUUUUAAUAUGUUUCGCUAUGUGACACUAUUCGAUGAAGAGUCACAAUUUUGAUUGAUUUAAUAUUUUUUUUAUCUAA